UCCAAGUCCCAACCUCACUUGGCAACUACCUUCACAUAAAGAAUUCAGAGAGAGAGAGAGAGAGAGAGAGAGAGAAAAGGAAAAAGAAAACCCAGAGCAGACGGUUAAAGUUUUAACCAAAAUUCGUAGAUCUGAAUUGUGUCCAAAUAAUCCAAAUAAGGUCAAAUUCCAAGUUCCUGGUCCGAUUUCAUUACCAGUUGGCAGUUACGUCGAUUCCGCGAUCUUUGGGAAAAGAGAAAAACCCUAGAGAGAUGUUCAGACUUGAGCAGGAGAAGAUCCGGAAACGACUCUGAUUUUUUGAGUUCUGAGUGGAAAUUUAGUUGGAGAGAAUUCGAAGGGGUUCGCCAUGGCCGACGCGCUCUCUGUCAUCCCCGCCUCCGUGCUUCGCAAUCUCUCCGACAAGCUCUACGAGAAGCGCAAGAAUGCCGCUCUUGAGGUCGAGGGAAUCGUGAAGCAGCUCGCGACGGCUGGGGAUCACGACAAGAUUACGGCGGUGAUCAAUUUGUUGAUUUUGGACUUUACGUAUUCGGCGCAAGCGAAUUACCGGAAGGGAGGAUUGAUAGGAUUAGCUGCUGCAACAGUUGGAUUGACUUCUGAAGCAGCUCAACAUCUUGAGCAAAUUGUGCCACCUGUGCUUAAUUCUUUUUCUGACCAAGAUAGCAGAGUUCGCUAUUAUGCUUGUGAAGCUCUAUAUAAUAUUGCAAAGGUUGUAAGAGGGGAUUUCAUCGUAUUCUUUAAUCAGAUUUUUGAUGCUUUAUGUAAGCUGUCGGCAGACUCGGAUGCCAAUGUACAAAGUGCUGCUCAUCUUUUAGAUCGGCUUGUGAAGGAUAUUGUUACUGAAAGUGAUCAAUUCAGCAUUGAAGAAUUCAUACCGUUGUUAAGGGAGCGUAUGAAUGUCCUAAAUCCUUAUGUCCGACAGUUUUUGGUAGGAUGGAUCACUGUAUUGGACAGUGUUCCAGAUAUUGAUAUGCUGGGUUUCCUUCCUGAUUUUCUUGAUGGUUUGUUUAAUAUGUUAAGCGAUUCUAGCCAUGAAAUACGGCAACAAGCUGAUUCCGCUCUUUCAGAGUUCCUACAAGAGAUCAAAAACUCCCCAUCUGUAGAUUAUGGUCGCAUGGCUGAAAUACUGGUGCAGAGGGCCGCUUCUCUAGAUGAAUUUACUCGGUUAACGGCUAUUACAUGGAUAAACGAGUUUGUAAAACUUGGUGGGGACCAGCUUGUUCCUUAUUAUGCCGAUAUCCUUGGAGCCAUUUUGCCCUGCAUAUCUGAUAAAGAAGAGAAAAUUAGAGUGGUUGCUCGAGAAACAAAUGAAGAGCUUCGUUCAAUCAAUGCUGAUCCAGCUGAAGGAUUCGAUGUAGGACCAAUCCUUACUAUUGCAAGAAGGCAAUUAUCUAGUGAAUGGGAGGCUACUCGAAUUGAAGCAUUGCAUUGGAUUUCAACCCUUCUAAACAGACAUCGCACCGAGGUCUUAAGUUUCCUUGAUGACAUAUUUGACACCCUUCUGAAAGCGCUAUCAGAUCCCUCUGAUGAGGUGGUGCUUCUUGUUCUUGAGGUUCAUGCGUGCAUAGCAAAAGAUCUUCUGCAUUUUCGCCAGCUUGUGGUUUUCCUUGUUCAUAAUUUCCGGAUAGACAAUUCUCUUCUGGAGAAGCGUGGUGCCCUGAUAAUCCGCCGGCUUUGUGUACUUUUAAAUGCUGAAAGGGUCUAUCGUGAACUCUCAACCAUACUAGAAGGAGAAUCUGACCUGGAUUUUGCGUCAAUUAUGGUUCAGGCGUUGAAUUUGAUUUUACUUACAUCCUCUGAAUUGUCUGAGCUUCGGGAUCUUUUAAAACAUUCACUGGUGGAUCCUGCUGGGAGAAACUUAUUUGUAUCUUUGUAUGCUUCAUGGUGUCAUUCACCCAUGGCAAUUAUAAGUCUUUGCUUAUUAGCACAGACAUACCAGCAUGCAAGUGUGGUAAUUCAGUCUCUGGUGGAGGAAGAUAUUAAUGUCAAAUUUUUGGUUCAGCUGGAUAAAUUGAUUCGCUUGCUGGAAACUCCAAUUUUUGCUUAUCUUAGAUUGCAGCUUCUUGAACCAGGAAGAUAUAUAUGGCUGUUAAAAGCCUUGUAUGGCCUUCUAAUGUUGCUUCCCCAGCAAAGCGCCGCUUUCAAGAUACUACGAACUCGUUUAAAAACUGUACCUUCAUAUUCCUUCAAUGGUGAGCAAUUAAGGCGUACAUCAUCAGGGAACCCCUAUCAAACUAUACAUCACAUGCCAAGUGGGUCACAAAUCACCGAGGAUGGAGACGGGAUCCAGGAUGGUGGAAAUUCACAUAAUGGAAUUAACUUUGCUUCAAGGCUACAGCAGUUUGAGCAAAUGCAGCACCAGCAUCGUAUGCAUGCAAAAGCGCAGGCACAGUUGCGUAACAGUUCUACCACUUCAUUAUCAAAGGAGGUGGAAAGACCCGAAGAAGCUCGGCGCCUGCCCGGAUCAGACGCGAGUGGGCCUACUUCAAGAUCAUCAAGGAGAGGCCCAGGACAGUUACAACUAUGAUAAUGUUGCUGCUCCCUGCCCCUAGUCAAGCCCAAUUGUAUACUGGUCUCGGCAUGCCUGAGAUCCGGUAUGAUUUGUAUAAUUGUAUAUCGUAGUAGUUUGUUUCGUUGUUAUAAAAGGUUGGGACGGUGAAAAGGGUUUUGGAUUAAAGAUAAGAUAGGGUUUUUUCUGAGCUAUUCUUUUGACUUUGUAAGCAAGAUAUACAACCCAUGUGGUUCUGUUGUUUUUUUAUUGAAAACCACGUGGGUUAGGGGGAGAAAUGCAGUUUGUUUCGUUA